AUGGGAGCCAAGCAGUCAAGCGCUCGCUGCAGGGACAAGGGCCCCAGGGGGAUGGUCCUGCUCCGCGGGAGGCAGCCCUUCUCCCCGUGGGACGACAGUCUGCUCUCAGGAAAGGACCCCCGGGCUCUGCUGAAGCGGGGCAUGCGCCACGUCAGCUUCAGCCUGGUUACCAAGGGCAUGACGGACGUCCCCGACUUUCUGUGGAGCUUGUCUGAGGUCCAGAAGCUCAAUCUGUCUCACAACCAGCUCAGGGCUCUCCCGCCCGACGUGGGGAAGCUGAGCCGGCUGGUGGUCCUGAACCUCUGCGGGAACCGCCUGCGGAGCCUGCCCCGGGAAAUCAGCCUCCUCAAGAGCCUCAAGGUCCUGUUCGUGAACAUGAACUGCCUGACCGAGCUGCCCGCGGAGCUGAGCGCUUGCAGAAGCCUGGAGGUCCUGAGCUUGUCCCACAACUGCCUCUCCCAGCUUCCCGCCAGCUUCGCCGACCUCUCCAGGCUGCGAAAGCUAAACCUGAGCAACAAUUACUUCGCUCACAUCCCUGUCUGCGUGUUUGCGCUGAAGGAGCUGGAUUUCCUGCACGUGGGCUCUAAUCGCCUGGAAAACAUCGCAGAGAGCAUUCAGUGUCUGGCCAGUCUGCAGAUCUUCAUCGCCGAGAGCAACAACAUCCACUCCUUCCCGAGGUCGCUCUGCCUGCUCACCAGCCUGGAGCUGCUGAACUUGAACAACAAUGACAUCCAGACCCUCCCGGACGAGCUCUACCUGCUGUGGAGACUGGGGCGGAUUGCUUGGAAUCCCAUGGACAAAGGGCUCCACAUUUCCUAUAACCCGUUAUCCAAGCCUCUGCCGGAGCUGGUGGAGGGGGGCCUGGAGAUGCUCUUCAGUUACCUGAAGGACAAAAAGCACAACUAA